AUAAAUCCAACUUAUUUCGUUAGGUUUUAACAGCUGUUUAUCUUAUUCUUCUCAUCACAUUCUUGCAAAACCUAAAUUCUCCGCGGCUCAAUAUCCUUGUGCUCCUCUGCCUUCUCUUCUCUCACCAAUCAUAGAAUAUAUCUCAUGGCCGAGCAUGGUUUUGAUGGUCACGAUGAAGGAUAUGUGCCCGAGGACCCUAAUUUUCCUCAUAAUCACUCCGAUGAACAUGAUGUAGGGACUGUUAUUGAUGGCUCUGGAUUUCCUCAUCUGCUGCCUGAUGAACAUGAUGCAGUCGAUUUGGUGGAGGAGGAUGCCGAUUUUCCUCAAAAUCAUUUUGAUGAACAUGAACACGAUGCUGAAGGUUUGCCUGGGGACACGGACUCUCCUCAACAGGCGCAUGUUGAGGAAGACCAUGGUGCUGGAGAAAUGUCUGUGAAUUUUGAUCCUUUGCCUAUAGAGGGAUCCGAGACUGAUUUGAAAGGGAUUGAAAUAAAAAAGUGGCCGGGGUGGCCUGGAGAGAAUGUCUUCAGGAUGUUGGUUCCAGUGCAAAAGGUCGGCAGUAUUAUUGGCCGAAAGGGUGAGUUUAUAAAGAAGAUCACAGAAGAGACUAAGGCGCGAAUUAAAAUUCUUGAUGGUCCGCCUGGAAUUUCAGAAAGAGCAGUAAUGGUUUCUGCAAAAGAAGAGCCAGACCGGCCCAUACCACCUGCUGUUGACGGUUUGUUAAGGGUUCAUAAGCAAGUUAUCAAUGUUGACCGUGACCUUGCAGAUAGCGCUUUGACUGCUGGACGAUCAGUUGUUACCAGGCUUUUAGUGGCAGAUACUCAAGCAGGAAGCUUGAUUGGGAAGCAGGGAUCAACCAUAAAAUCCAUUCAAGAUGGUUCUGGUUGCACCAUACGAGUUCUUGGUUCAGAACACCUGCCAGUAUUUGCUCUGCGAGAUGAUAGUAUUGUUGAAAUACAAGGGGAUUCUACUGGUGUUCACAAGGCAAUUGAACUUAUUGCAGUACAUUUACGCAAGUUCUUGGUUGACCGCAGCAUAGUUGGAGUUUUCGAGACACAGAUGCAAAUAUCAGAUGUCAGAGCUAACCAGAAUGGACCACCACAUCAAAAUUGGGGUCCUCCUCCGCAAGGGUUUCCUGCUCCUGCUGGUGGUGGUGGUGGAGGACCUGCUUUUGCACCCAAUCAACAGUAUAUGCCACCUACACAUCACUAUGAUAGUUAUUACCCGCCCACAGAGUUGCCUCCCAUGGAUAAGCACCUUCAUCAAGGUCCACCACCUGUCUAUGCAAGGGAUGCUUCUGUUGGAAUUCAUUCAUCAAGUGCGCAACCACAACAAUCUCUUGUAACUAAGGUCACGCAGCACAUGCAAAUUCCUCUUUCGUAUGCAGAUGCUGUUAUUGGAGCAUCCGGCACUAAUAUCAGCUAUAUUCGUCGUGCUAGUGGAGCAAGUAUUACAAUUCAAGAAACAAGGGGUGUUCCGGGGGAGAUGACUGUCGAGAUGAGUGGGACUUCUUCUCAAAUACAGGCAGCCCAACAGCUGGUUCAGAAUUUCAUGGCUGAAGCUGCAAAUGCGACACAGGAUCCUCUGGGUGGAUCAGUUAGCCAAGGUUACAGUGCCUAUCCAACUAAUGCUCCGGUUUACGCAUCUCCACCGUCUAGCACUGGUGCUCAUACAGGCCACGUGCCUUCUGCAGAUUAUGGGCCCGUAUAUGGCACCAAUUAUGGGUAUUGAUAUGGUUUCUUUUAUUUUGCUUGAGGAGAGCUAUUUGUAAACUGUAAACUUUAAGUCCAGUUACAUUUAUAGGUUAUGCUGUACUAGAUCUUUUUUUCUCAUUUUUUCUGGGUAGAUGGUUAUUAUACUGUUAGUCCUCUUGUUUUUCUUGGGCAUUUCACAUUGAUUAUUAUUAUAAAUGAUUUGAUAUUUCUAGCA